GCUGAGCUUUCGUCCUGGCCGAGAGCAUCGGGGUUGCCAGUCGAGUCCACGAGGCCGAACGCAACUGGACGCCCGUGACUCUUUAUCUCGGAGCCCGAAGUCGCGCUUCAGGUCGAGUGGGCAAGUAAACAUCGACGCGCAUAUAGCGCCAGUUCGGCUGUCCGACCGUGUCAAGACACGCGGCGCUCAGGAUUGCGCAACGUAAUCCGUACGAAGACGCGCGUCCACGUUCGGCGAGUGAUUUUAUAUUUCCAGGAGGGCCUUUAUUAACGCUCGUCAUCUGAUUUCGUUCGGGACUUCUGUGCGCUCGCUUUCCCACUCUGCUCACCGAAUCAGGUAAACGCGAAGCAAAGAACGGCUCUCUCUUCCCCCUUCUCUUUCUCUCUUUGUUUUUCUGGAACUCGGAGCAAGAGACUGCAGGACGUUUCACGGGAAUGUAAACUCGACCCGAGCUGAUCCAGCUUCCCUAUGAAUAUGAAAAAGAGAUCCUUUCUCUAUAGCACAGAAGACACAUCCCACGCGGGAACGAGUUUGCAGUUUGCACAGUCGAUCGGUGCAAAUGUGGCUGCAAGGAAGGUCGUGGGAUUGACAGUCCACUGGGGGCGGGGGGUGGAUGACGAUGAGUGCUCUCCCGGCCGGGAAUCGUGUCUGGGGGUGGAUCUUACUCGGCCUCGCAUUGCUCGUUCUGGCCACCCCCAGUCCUGCCGCCAUUCGCAAAGCUGAGCGCGACCACUGCAACAGGACCGUCGACAUCUACGAGGACGUCUCCAGUCCAGCUGUGACCGACGCCACGCGGGGGAAGCCGCUGACCUGCUCCUAUCGCUUCCGGGCGUUUCGCGGGACGCCGCGCGAGUGGAUCCUCAGGGUUCGCUUCAAGAAGUUCAAGGUAGGCGUCCUGGAGAACGCCACCACGUGCACCGGAGGCUACCUACAGAUCAUCGAUGGAAACGCGAAAACCGCAGUGAGCAAUAGGAAGGAUCCCGGCGUCUUCUGCGGAGAAUCGGAACAACCUCAAACUUUCAUCUCCGAGACGAGUUUCGUGCGAGUUCUUUUCCACGCGGACAACUUCACAGAUCAGACCUACUUCAGCUUCGACUCCAGGGCCGAGCAGCAGUUCGAGGUCUACCUGAGAUACGGUCAGCAUCCGGAACUCUAUCCUAACAGAAGAGGUGAAGUUGUUGCCGGUAGUUACUGCGAGAGAGUCUUCAAAGACUGCAAACUUCAGACCUGCUACGUGCAAAGUCCCGCCUACCCUGGUAUCUAUCCCAGGGCGCUCCACUGCAAGUACAGGCUGAAUACGAGGCUGCCAUUCAUCAAGAUCUACAUAGAGAACGAGGAGUUCAAUAUAGACGGACAGCGUUGCGAGAACAUAAUGACGUGCCCGAUGAGACCCAUCAGUUCCGGUUCAGAACAUUGUCCCUAUGACUACAUAAGGGUCUACGAUGGCAAGAACGAGACCACUCCGGUAAUUGGAACGUUCUGCGGCAUGGGGAAAUUUCCCUACAGUAUCAUCGGCACCAGCGAGGACCUCUACGUGGAGUUCGUCUCCUCGCCGGCCGGUCCGCUGCUCAACACAGGAUUUCACUUCAACGUAGGCAAUUGGCCAGGACACGUCGAGACGGCCGGCGUCAAGAACGGCAGCUGCGAUUGGCUGCUGAACAGCGAGUCCCUCGUUAGUGGCGAGGGCAUAUUUCUCUCGGUGGCCCACUGGUAUCCGCCGCACACAAGUUGCACCUACUUGCUAAGGGGAAAACCCGGCGAGAUAGCCAGACUCUACUUCCCCAGCUUCCGGGUGAAUCGCAUAGAGUCUCCCAUUCAGCCGUACGACGGCGACUGUGGCGAGAGCUUGACGCUCUACGACGCCGAUUGGCCUGACGACGCCAGGAUCAUCAAGACCUUCUGCGACACCUUCAGCAGGCCAAUGGAGAAGCAUGACUUUGUUUCCACUUCGAAUGCUCUCUUCGUAAGAUUCGAAAGCAAGACCGGCAGCUAUUCUGGAAGUUCUCUCUACUACUGGGCGCACUACGACUUCUUUAACGCGACGAAAUUCGGCGACCCGGUGCCGAAUACCGAGUGCGACGAGAGUUUCGUCUCCUGGAAGACCCAGUCCGGCUACCUGAGGUCCCCAUUGAACACUCUCGUUUACAAACGAUCUGGGGAUCCUCCGGCAGAUCUCACGUGCACCUACAGCUUUGUCACCGACAAGCGGCUCUUUGCCAGGGUGAUCGUGACUCUCGACGUGGUCUCCCUGAAGGAGCACUACGCUCAGUGUGGAAACUGCUGGGACAGCAGGGCGGACCGCGUCAUCCUGAAAGACACUGGACCAGACGCAGGAAAAGGACACUGCGUGUGCAAACUUCCCAGUGGCAGUCCAGCCCUGAGGAUGGUUUCGAGGGGGGAGAAGCUCGACCUGAAGCUACUGGUGGACGGCGCUCACGCCGCGGGCUACUUCAAGCAAUCCGCGCCGCUCUUCGAGGCGAGAUACGAAUUCGUUCACAGUCCCUUAUGCGGACCCGCCUUGCUUCCAGCUACAACGGACGGCGAGAUCGAAUUUCCACACUACGAAGCUCUGGGGUACGUCACGCCACCCAGGUCUAUAAAGUGUAUAUGGGAAUUGCGCGUCAACCAGGAGCGCGACCUCUGGCUGCACUUUGAGAAAAUUAAAUUUGCAUCGCGCUCCUGCGAGGAUGGAAAGCUGGAGAUAUUCUUGCCGGGGCAGGCUGAACCUUAUCGUGGGAUAUGCGGUGAGAACGUUAGCUACGUCAGAGAGAUGCCUAUACUCGCAGCCGAGCAGCUGGUGCCAGCUGAUACCACCGGGGCUGAGCCACCGGCUGUUAUCAUACAGUUUACCGGUUCCAUGGCGCCAGCCAGGGCGGCCUUCAAGAUCGCCUGGACCGAACUGUACCAUCUCCCACGUGACGGAUCGGGAGCUCUGAACACGCAGAAACUCGAGGAUUGCGGCUUCCAGUGUCCCGGUGAAUUUGGCUGCAUUCCAGCUAGGCUCUUGUGUAACGGUGUCGUGAACUGUCCCACUCCGGCCAUUCCUCCGGGAGCCUACAACCUCAGCAUCCUCGAGCCUGACGACGAAUCCGUCGAGACUUGCGGCGGCCCUGUGGGUGCUGGCAGCGGCAGCGUGGUGGGCCCUGCGGGUUGGGCUGGUGCUGGAUUAGGCGCUGGACUCGCGAUGCUUCUCGGACUCGCGUGUCUCGUUGCAGUCUGCAGGAUCUGCCGACGUCGGAAUCGUUCCAGGGACAUACACGUGCCAUACUAGAGUCCUCGCCGAACUCUCGGAACGCCUUUGGCUUACGGCCGAACUUUCAAGUUGGCAUCCUGCAAGCUGAACUCAUUCCGAUAACUUUCUCAUCUAGUCCUUAUCCUUUCUUUUUUGUUUACUUUUUCUCCUGGGAGUAAUCCGUUAGACUGUGACGUGUCCCAUUGCCCUUAUUAGGGCCAGAAAACUCAAACACCUGGACGAGAGGAGCGACUCUUGGAAGUACAGGAAUCCUUAGAGCAGUCUUUGAGGACACGCGGUGUUUUUUGAAAGUCGGUGAAAGACUAAGGAACGUCCAUCGAGAGAAAGGGAGAGAGAGAGAGAUUCUCGAAAUAAAAAAAGGACAUCGACAGGAUAUAAAGGAUACCUUUAGGUAUUGUGCAAUUCGCUUGAACCUUCCUCCUCUGCUGCAGCUAGUUUAACGUUCUUUCCAAAGAAGCGACCCGGUCGGUAGAACUUGUCGCCUCGAACUUUCUCGUCCGCUGCACGCCUUUAAUUCCGGCUCUGGACUAAUUAAUAAUUAAAUAAUUAAUUAGCCGAGUUUUCAUCUCUCACCCCCGAGGCUCCUGUCACUUGACAGGCACGGACCCUCCUCCUCCCCUCUUUGAUUUCCUGCCACCCCCUUGUUCCUACUUUACAUCCCCACUUGCGUUCGAACUACUUCGAACUGACUUUGAAAUUUCUCAAUUCCCUCAUUCCCACAUUUAUUCCAAUCCCACGCGUAUCGGCCAAUUUCCCAUAAAUCUCAAAAUUCAGCAAACCUGACUUUUCCUUCCCUCAUUGCGAUUAUUGCGAAUCGCAGCGCGGAGAACGUCAGGGCGUGAAUGAUAACGUUCUAUCGAUUAGCCGCGUCGUUUUUACAUUCGCACCGAGUAUAUUCUAACGUCUCGAUAUUCUUGGAUGGAAUGUCAAUCGAGUGAAUAAUCAUCUAGGUGCGGAAAGGAAGGAGUUACAUUCUCUGUAAUUCGGUAAAACAACCGGAAAGAAGCUUUCUUCCUUUUUUUCCGGAACAGGAGUUUAAUCACGAUUCGAAAUGUCUCUAACGCAGCUUCCGGGAGACUCAUCGUACAAGCAAUUCUAUCACAUGAAAGAUCACGUCUGCGCGAACAGAUUUCCCUUCUUUCGUUAGGCUGGAAAGGAGUUGGCCGAAUUUACGGUACGGCCAGAGCUCCGGCGCCCUCGGUGGUUCAAUUCUGUGCUGCGUUAUUGGUAUCUGCUCGAGACAUAAAUUUAAGCGUAGCUGUGGCCCAUUCACGAGGGUCCUUGCAGCCGGUAAGGUGGAGGCUAUACUCUUUGUCGCCCGUUAGCCAACCCCUUAAUGAUCUUAUACUGCGUUAAUUAGCGACGCGUUAAUUAAUACGCUUGGAAGGAACGAAGGGAUACAUGCGUGGAUAAUGUAGACACAACCCGUGAGACCCGAAGACGACAAUGACGAAGGACUAUCCAUUUUCUUCUACGGAAAACAAAACAAAAGACAGAAAGAUUCCUUGCUUCUGUGACGUAUCUUCGCACGUACAGACAUUCCUCCGAGCGAUAAUUUUGAUAACCCUCCGAAACUCGAAACUUUCGCACUGACCAUUUCCAAGGGAAAGUAUCUUCCCUGGUGAAGAUAUGACAUGGAAGUAGGUUGCAGUGUCAAGUGGCGGCGACAAAGAAGAGACGAGAGGGAAGGAGGGAAGAAGGAAAAGAGACGUGAGAGAAUACUCGCUUGUAAAUAGCCCGUGUUUAUGUAGAUGUAGAGGACAAUCAUAGACGUACACGCAACCUCCCUCUCCCACCUCCCCCUCCCUUCACACACACACACACACACACACACACAUGGUAUGAAUAGUUAACGAAUUGUCAACGUAAAAUACAUCGCAUUAUCGUGUAAUUACUACUGUAACAAUGAUUAUUAUAUUUUUUACAAAUAAAGUGCGCGGCUGGAUUUCUUGCGCGGCCAUUAAAAGAAAAGAAAA